AGGUGAUUUAUCUCAUUUCCCUCCAUUCAUGAGCUUGACUUGGUUUAGCUGUCAUGGAUGACAAAGCCUCGGUGGGGAAAAUUAGCGUGUCGUCCGACUCAGUGUCCACCCUGAACAGUGAGGACUUUGUGCUGGUGUCGCGGCUGGGGGACGACACCCCAGGCUCCUCCACUAAUAAUGGUAGCGAUGACGAAAAGACAGGACUCAAGGUAAGAAGAAAUAAAGAGUGCCUGGCUGAGUGGACAAAACUCUGACAUCUGGUGAGUUCCCAAUUCACUCUCUCCCUUCCCCUUCACCUUGGCUCUACGCCCCUAACCAUGUGAUGUUUGCACUGCAGAUCUAAAGUGCUUGGGUAGGUUUAAGGCUGUAAGCAAUGUAGUGAUGGAAGUUUCCUCCACCAUAUUGCUUAGGCUAGCCCUACCCCUUGCAGAUCUACAAAGUGCAAAUAAAGAAAGGGUUAAAGCCAAGGGAAAGGGAGGGAAUUGGGACAGGUGUGAAACACUCUUGAUAGUCUUGAUUUCUUCAUAGUCAACUCACCUGAAUACCAAGGUGGUUCAGUGGUUCAUUGAAAGAUAACCGCAUCAAUGGAGCGUCAUCAUACUAGCAGCAGACACGUCUGCCUUCUCUCACCACUGAUGUUAAAUGACCAGGGAAUCAAUCCAGUGUCAUCACCCUAUUUGACUAAAGCUCUCAUCCCCAUUCCAAUGCAAUCACUCACAUACUGUAACUAAUCAUCUGACUAAGAAACCCAUUCCAUGCGUUUCCCCUUUUAACUACAACUAAGCUAACACCUCUGUUAUUUGAAGAUUUGCCCUCCCAUUUGUCUGUUGUGGGUAUACUGUUCAUGUGGGUCUGUGUACCAUGAGCAACUGUCUAAGGGAAAACUACCUUACAGUGCAUUUAGAAAGUAUUCAGACCCCUUUACUUUUUCCACAUUUUGUUACGUUACAGCCUUAUUCUAAAAUGGAUUAAAUAGUUUUUCCCCCUCAUCAAUCUACAAAUAAUACCCCAUAAUGACAAAGCAAAAACAGGUUUUUAGAAAUGUUGGCAAAUUUAUUAAAAUUAAACAACUGAAAUAUACAAUUUACAUAAGUAUUCAGACCCUUUACUCAGUACUUUGUUGAAGCACCUUUGGCAGCGAUUACAGCCUCGAGUCUUCUUGGGUAUGACGCUACAAGCUUGGCACACUUGUAUUUGGGGAGUUUCUCCCAUUCUUCUCUGCAGAUCCUCUCAAGCUCUGUCAGGUUGGAUGGGGAGUGUCACUGCACAGCUAUUUUCAGGUCUCUCCAGAGAUGUUCGAUCGGGUUCAAGUCCGGGCUCUGGCUGGGCCACUCAAGGACAUUCAGAGACUUGUCCCGAAGUCCACUCCUGCAUUGUCUUGGCUGUGUGCUUAUGGUCGUUGUCCUGUUGGAAGGUGAACCUUCGCCCCAGUCUGAGGUCCUGAGCGCUCUGGAGCAGGUUUUCAUCAAGGAUCUCUCUGUACUUUGCUCCGUCAUCUUUCCCUCGAUACUGACUAGUCUCUCAGUCCCUGCCACUGAAAAACAUUCCCACAGCAUGAUGCUGCCACCACCAUGCUUCACCGUAGGGAUGGUGCCAGGUUUCCUCCAGACCUGACGCUUGGCAUUCAGUCCAAAGAGUUCAAUCUUUGUUUCAUCAGACCAGAUAAUCUUGUUUCUCAUUGUCUGAGAGUCCUUUAGGUGCCUUUAGGCAAUUUCCAAGCGGGCUGUCAGGGGACUUUUACUGAGGAGUGGCUUCCGUCUGGCCACUCUACUAUAAAGGCCUGAUUGGUGGAGUGCUGCAGAGAUGAUUGUCCUUCUGGAAGGUUCUCCCAUCUCCACAGAGGAACUAUGAAGCUCUGUCAGAGUGACCAUCGGGUUCUUGGUCACCUCCCUGACCAAGGCCCUUCUCCCACGAUUGCUCAGUUUGGCCGGGCGGCCAGCUCUAGUAAGAGUCUUGGUGGUUCCAAACUUCUUCCAUUUAAGAAUGACGGAGGCCAUUGUGUUCUUGGGGACCUUCAAUGUUGCAGAAAUAUUUUGGUACCCUUCCCCAGAUCUGUGCCUCGACACAAUCCUGUCUCGGAGCUCUACAGACAAUACCUUCGACAUCAUGGCUUGGUUUUUGCUCUGACAUGCACUGUCAACUGUGGGACCUUAUAUAGACAGUUGUGUGCCUUUCCAAAUAAUGUCCAAACAAUUGAAUUUACCACAGGUGGACUCCAAUCAAGUUGUAGAAACAUCUCAAGAAUGAUCAAUGGAAACGGGAUGCACCUGAGCUAAAUUUUGAGUCUCAUAGCAAAAGGUUUGAAUACUUAUGUAAAUGUGAUAUUUCGGUUUUCACUUUUGUCAUUAUGGGGUAUUGUGUGUAGAUUGCUGAGGAUAAUGUUUUAUUUAAUCCAUUUUAGAAUAAGACUGUAACGUAACAAAAUGUGGAAAAAGUCAAGGGGUCUGAAUACUUUUCGAAGGCACUGUACAUAUUCACUAGCCUAUAUUUACAGUGUCAGUACAGCGCUGUCUCUCCAUUUAAGAGGAAAGGAAGCCGAUAAUGUACUACUUUAAAUAAUCAUGAAUAAUGUACUCUAGCCUAUCGGGAGGAUGGAGCUUCGUCUAAACCAGUCAUCCUGUGUCUCUCAUAUUGGGUCAGGUUACACGGACAGACAGUCAGGCUCUCAUUACACUCCUCUAGCUGGGCCAUUCACUAGCGAUGGGGGGAAAAAUCGAUACGGUUACAUAUUGGGAUAUUCUUUUUGGCUAUGUAUCGUUUUGACAAUAUCGCAAUAUUAUUUUUGCACUAGUUGGCUGUACCUGCACCAAAACGGCAGUAUUUUUACUUCAUAGCUUGUUCUCCAUCUUCUUUUUAACUAUGGAGCCAAUUCGUUUUCAGCACUUUUAUUUCCAUGACUGAUCAGAACUCGUUUUCUCAUGGCUCUCUCUUGUCCCUCAUGGUGAGCAAUAUGUUUGGAACAUCAAAUCGCAAUAAAAUCACGGAAUCAAAUCGCAAUACAUAUAGAAUCGCAAAAAAUAUCGUAUCGGCACCUAAGUAUUGUGAUCAUGUCGUAGCGUGAGGUCCCUGGCAAUUCCCAGCCUACUAUUCACCCUGUGGUGCUCAACUGCCUGCGGGCUGGCUGGCUGGCUGGCUGGGUGGGGGAAUUAUUGUCCAUUUAAGUAUUUAAUCUCUCCCCCCCUCUCUCUUUUUCUCAGUUUUUUUUCUCUCUCUCCAUGCUAACAAACACUCUUGAUGCACAGGUUAUUAGACUAUAGGUCAUAUGUUCCUUCAGUUAAAUCAUUCUUUCAUUCUUCUAUGUAUUUGUCCCCUAAUGUAAAAAUUUAAUAUUUAAAAAAUAAUAUAUAUAUAUAUUAUAAUAAUAUGUUAAUGUUAGUUUACCCUUAAAUGUUGUAAUUUUAUUUGUUGCCUCUCUGGAUGUAGACCCACUCACACUGUACUUCCUUCUGAUGUGGUAGUGAUCGAAAGACACCAGCAGGUGGUGGUAGUGGACUGCUGAAAUUACUUUACCUAAUAAGUUAGGGGUAGGCUGCUCAAUUUCCUUGAGUUGAGGUAGAAGAGUAUAUUUAGACUAGCCUAAGAAAACUAUGCACAUCACCACCAUAUACAUUAAAUCCAUCAGUUGAAUUUAUUAGAAAACUAAAUAAUUUUCUUCGUACACUCCUCCCCAAGCCCACACAAGGUAGUUGAAGAGGGGUGUAGCACAGGGUGUCUAAAUGUGUUGUUUAUUACGCAGGUGAUUUCUGAGGAAGGGGUCAGCUUUAAGGUCAGUUUCUAUCUCACUCUUUCUCUCUUUCUUUCAUCCUCUCUCUAUCUGUGCUGUGAUUCUGUGGUGACACUGUAUCUGUUCUGUGAUGCUCUGUGUUUUUGAUUGGCUGUUGAAUGAUUUGAUGCCCCCUAGCUAGUCUUGUGAUGAGGUAGCUAGCUCAGUUGUUUUGGUGCAAGUUCUUGUUCUAUCUCUGAGGCUUUACGGCCAGACCCCCAGUCUGUCACCCACCCACUCCUCCUCAGCUCAAUACGCCCCUUGUUUGCCACUGUAUGUUGUGGUGAGGUGUUAGGCCACUGCUGGAGGCUGAGGAACAGUGCUUUGCAUUCUUCACUAGUUUUGCUUUGCAGUAUAUUGCCCCACUGUAUGGUCAGCUUUUGCUUAGCAUCUGUCAGCUCAAUGAACUUGGCACCUGUAGUGAGAAUGUGCUUUCUCUUAGAUAGGCUACAGUUUGUAAGCAAACAGACCAGUGGUAGGUUUCUGUGGUGAUCUAAUUAAUUCACAAUACUAAAUUCACAUACUAAUCUAAUCACUUAUUACUUCAAGUGCUACCUCCGUUGAAUAAGUCGCUUUUCCCUCUCAAUUCCCUUGUCAAUCACUUGGAGAGAAUCUCAAGAUCAAUAUAACAUUUUAAACCUAGACAUUCAGUUAAUUGUUACUGAGGUUGAUUAACUGUUUCUUAGGUAGCCUGAAUAAUGAACCUUGUAUUUUGACCGUAUGCCUGUCUGUGUGUGUGGGCUUUGGGAUUCCUUGUGUGUCUGUGUGUGUAUGCCUGUGUCCCCGACUGUGUGUGUCCAUGUGCGUGUCUGACCUUCGAUGUGUGUGUGUAUUUGUCUGUCCAUCCGACCGUGUGUUUGUGUGUGUGUGCGUGACAACAGAUUGUGGGGAACGGCAGUGAGCAGCAGUUGCAGAAGGAGCUGGAGGAUGUUCUGAUGGACCCCUCUGUAGCUGAGCAGGCGCUGGGUGGUGGCAGAGGGGACCAGGCAGGCAGGGUGGACCAUGUUUUGUUCCCCACCAUGGCAGCGCCUCCCGAGCCCCAACCGUGCCCUGACCCCCUUAGCGACCCCCUCAGCACCCCGCCCAAAGUUGAGAUGAUGCUGCCCGUCCAAUCUGCAGCACAGGAGAGUGAGCUGAAUGAACGAUCUUACCGCGGUGAGUCAGAGCAAGGAUACCAAAUCAACCCCUAGACCCUACACCCUAGGAACUUCUCUAGAUCUAGAUGUAAGAACUAUGGUUAUAGCUUAAUCUUGUCUUCUGAUUGUCUCCCGAGUGGCGCAGUGGUCUAAGGCACUGCAUCGCAGUGCUAGCUGUGCCACUAGAGAUCCUGGUUCAAAUCCAGGCUCUGUCGUAGCCGGCCGCGACCGGGAGACCCAUGGGGCGGCGCACAAUUGGCCCAGCGUCGUCCAGGGUAGGGGAGGGAAUGGCCGACAGGGGAUGUAGCUCAGUUGGUAGAGCAUGGCGUUUGCAACGCCAGGGUUGUGGGUUCGAUAAAAUAAUGUAUGCGCUAACUGUAAGUCGCUCUGGAUAAGAGCGUCUGCUAAAUGACUAAAAUGUAAAUGUAAAUGAUUGGCUGAGCAGAAAUAUUGCUUCCGUAUAUCCAAUGUCCUAGGGGUAGGGUCUACGCUUUGAUCUGCUGUCUCUCCCUCUCACUAGGCCCUCUCUGUAUGACCUUUGACAUCCACAGGGGAUGAGUCGUCAUCGGAGUGCAGCCCCAGUACGCCUAUCCCAGAUGAGGACAGUGUGGUGUUCAAUAAGCUGACCUAUCUGGGCUGUGCCUCGGUCAACGCUCCCCGCAGUGAGGUGGAGGCCCUCCGCAUGAUGACCAUCCUCAGAGGGCAGUGCCAGCUACCCCUGGACGUCACCCUGUCUGUGCCUGGCGUCUCAGAGGGCACCGUCAGGUCAGGACUGCUUAACAAACAAACAAACCAACACCAGAAAUUUGUUUGCGUGUGUUUGUGGCUCAUAAAGGACCCGAGUAGUUAUUCUGAUUCCUAUGUAAAAUAGCCUUUUGAGUAUAUAUAUAUCACCCAUAAUAUUUUUGGGGGAUAGAAAUGCUAAAAAUUUUAGAAAAAUAAAUGUUUCUCUCAAUAACAGGAAGUUUGAGAAUACAGGCUGAAGGGGCGUACCCCCCCCCCCCCCCCCCUUUUGUUACAUGCUGGCCGAAGACCUAGCUAGCCAGUAACUAGCUAACACCAGACACAGAUGAAAGGGGAGACAUAUAAGUAUCUUUGCCAAGAUACAUAGUGUAAACUUGCUGACACCCUACAGUAACAUUUUGGCACUAGUAGAGUAGCUAUCUAGCUAUAUAAACCAUGCCCCUCUGCAAACACACCUUCUCCGAUGUUGGUUACAAGGCAGUACUUAUUUCAAUUAGGUAAGAGAAUAUCAUGUUACCAUUGGUGUAUUAAAAUGAGAGGGUGAUGUCACCCUAUCCCCUUGAUAAUCCCGCCUCCUGAAUCCAAGUGUUUGACAUGGGGGAGGGGACCAGUAACUUUAUGAUCAAACUUGUAGAAGCAACAGUAAUUUUUCAUACUUUGGUCAUCAUACUUUGAUCUGAUUUCAUCCAAAUAUCAUCCAAUUUUAUGAAAAACAUGAUUUUGACUGUUCAUGACCUUUAAACAAACAAACAGAGUGUGAGUGCUUUCGUGCGAUGCGCUGUUGGAAUACCUUUGAAUACCAUUUUCUCUAUCCUACCUUGUGAAUUAUUAUCUCUUUGCUACCCUUACCGUUAAGCAUAAUAUUACCGACUGUUUUUCUGCAGGUUGCUGGACCCCCAGACAAGCACAGAGAUAGCCAGCUACCCCAUCUACAAGAUCCUGUUCUGUGUGCGGGGUCACGACAGCACGCCAGAGAGUGACUGCUUCGCCUUCACAGAGAGCCAUUACAACGCAGAGAUCUUCCGCAUCCAUGUCUUCCGUUGUGAGAUCCAAGAGGCGGUGAGGUCACGCACGCACACACACACACACACACACACACACACACACACAAACAAAACACACACACACAAACAAAACACACAGUCGCAAGUCCUUCAAUUCCUGUUACUGUUGUUUAGCUCCAUGCUGCCUGGGUCUUCAAUUACCACACUACAGUUCCAUCCACAUUUGACAGCAGUGCAGAUGGUGAACAGCACGGGGAGCCAGAGCUGCUACCAUUUAUCACACAGUACCAGAGCCAGAGCCUCCCUUCCACUCUGACAGCACAGCAGAACUCUACCAUGCUGCCCACACACAAUGCCCAAACAUUCAUGUUGAGGUGAAAUCUCUCUCCCUGUGUGAGCUGUUUACCCCGCUACCCUGGCCCUUUGGGCUGCACUCUCUGUACAGACACUGAUAUACCCAAUGCCCAUGUGUUUAUAUCUCAUGUCAAGCCUGCAGUAAGUCAGUCAGCCUUAGCCUGCUGCUCUGCUGUACUCUGCUCUGCCUGAACUGGCUAGGCCUAUAUAAUAGUGUCUAACAGAGUAUGCGUUCCAAAUGGCACCCUAUUAAAAGUAGGACACUAUAUAGGGAAUAGGGUGCUGUUUGGGACACAGCCAGGCAGAGAGCUGGUCUUCCUUACUCUCCUUAGUCUCCCUCAGUGUGCAGUGACCUGAUUUUCCUUUUUCCUUCCUUGGAGAAAGAUGUCUCUUCCAAUCUUCCAGACAGACAGCCCAGAACACAGACCACCCCAUGUCUGCCUGGUGGGGGUACUGUGGUUGGACCCCCUCCGUCCCCUGCCCCACACACAAACGCACGCACACACACGGCUCUUUCAUUGGUACCCAACUUUAGGAGCACCACAUUAAAUUUAGGAGCACCAGAAAAUACGUUGUUUUAAAAAUUGUUUGAGUUACAGCCUGUGUUGACUACUUUUGAAGCACAUGUUGUUCCUUAGAAACUAAUAUGUAACAAUGUAAAGACAUUAAUUUAUUAUAAAAGCUAAAACGUUGAUAUGAAUACCUGUCAUUGAAAUUAGAAAGUCAUUUGUGGAAUAGGUUUCUACAUUGUGUAAAAGCACAAUUUUCUCUUUAAAAACGUCAGGUUUGUGAUGAUGACAUGCACGAGGUCUGUCAUUCAUUCAUUUCUAUGAUCAUUGAUCUCCUGAAGAAGCUAUCCCUUUUCCUUUUUUUCUGUGCCCCCAAAUAUUUGAAUAUACUGGUAAAGUUACCAGGUUGUUAGCCAGCUAGGCAAAGUGUAAACAAAUGGUUAAUGAAGCGCAAGUAGUUUUAGAACGGCCCACGACAUGGUUAAUGAAUGUAAAAUGCGGCCCCGGCGAUACGUUAUAGCAGGCGGUAUUCAACUCUGACCCUCGAGGCCUGGAGCCUGCUGGUUUUCUGUUCUACCUGAUAAUUAAUUGCACCAACCUAGUCUCCCAGGUCUAAAUCAGUCCCUGAUUAGAGGGGAACAAUGAAAUAAUGCAGUGAAACUGACUUCAAGGUCCAGAGCUGAGUUUGAGGGCGCUAUAGGAAGAAAUAAAUGUUGCGCCGUUAAUAUGGGUCAGAUCUUUUGACCUGGUUGAGCUAGAAGCAAGCUGUUUCCGCUGUAGUAAAGGCACUCGGAAACAACGGUACAGCGAAGCCUUAACAUUACAAUUUGGAUUAUUAAAUAUUAAAGUAUUGAACCUCUCACUAAAGGCUUCAGUCAAAUUUAUUAAAAAUAAAAAAACAGAAAUACCUUAUUUACCUACAUAUUCAGAUCCUUUGCUAUGAGACUCGAAAAUGAGCUCAGGUGCAUCCUGUUUCCAUUGAUCGUCCUUGAGAUGUUUCUACAAUGCUGCAGAAAUGUUUUGGUACCCUUCCCCAGAUCUGUGCCUCGACACAAUCCUGUCUCGGAGCUCUACGGACAAUUCUUUCGACCUCAUGGAUUGGAGUCCACCUGUGGUAAAUUCAAUUGAUUGAACAUGAUUUGGAAAUGCACACACCUGUCUAUAUAAGGUCCCACAGUUGACAGUGCAUGUCAGAGCAAAAACCAAGCCAUGAGGUCGAAGGAAUUGUCCGUAGAGUUCCGAGACAGGAUUGUGUCAAGGCACAGAUCAGGGGAAGGGUACCAAAACAUUUCUGCAGCAUUGCAUGUCCCCAAGAACACAGUUUGUGCGUAACAUACUGCGAUCUCCUAGAAGUGUGUGUUCACCGGUCGACUAAGAGCUGAAACUACAGAUGAUGCGUUGUGUAAGAAGAGAGGCCGAACUGUGUGGAUGCAGAUAACUCAACCAGUAUAACAGUCAUUAGUUUUAUCUACAGUGCCGUGAUGAGAGAGAGAGAGCUCACACGCUGUAAACAGAGCCCUAUCUAGAAUUAUGCUGUAUCAUGUCGCCCAAUAACUGAAACGCUUUCUAGGACUCUAAUGGUGCGAGUAUGCGUAUGUCAUUGAUCUUCAAUCCGUUAGUGUGUACACUGAUAUUCAAACCCUGUGUGUGUGUGCAUGCUCUUGUUUAUGCUCUGGUGUGUGUGUGUGUGUGUGUGUGUGUGUUUGAACUCCACAGGUCAGCAGGAUACUGUACAGCUUCGCCACGGCCUUUAGGCGGUCCGCCAGGAAGACGCUCCUCUCGGGCUUGGCUCCGCCCCUGACGCCAGACAGCGACGUCUUCACCUUCACCGUCAGUCUGGAGAUCAAGGAGGAUGAUGGGAAAGGGACUUUUAGGUACGGUGCAUUACAAACACGUGAUCCAUGUUAUCGAUCUGUACACAACAGCCAUCUUCCUCCAUCUCUAGGUUAGGUACAUUAGGGUUCAUCAUGAACUGCAUGGUAUAUUAUAACCAUGUUAAAACAUCAAUGUUAUUAAACUGUACACUAGAGCUAUCAUCAACAUCUGCAUUGUCUAUUUGUUGCAUAUUUGGACGUUUAUAUAUGGUACUUUACAGCCAUGUUAGAGCUAUCUCUACUGUAUGUUAUCAAUGUCAUAGUCUUCUGUCUCUAAAUUUGUUAUAUAUUCAGAUUCUCUUUCCCGCUCUCAAGGUAUAGUACGUGUUGGAACAUCUGUACACUAAAGCCAUCACCCGGCCUCAUCCGCAAGUCUAUUUGUUGCCUAUUUGAAAGGUCUCCUUUCCCCUCUCAAAACACACAUGAACUGUAUUCGCUCUACUUAAAUCUACGGCAUUCAAUCUCACUCUCAGAAAGAAAUAUGCUGCUUCAGUGCAGAAGGAAAUGACAAAAAUAGCUACAGGUAUCGUUUUAUUUUGGAGCAUUUAGAAUUGUAGACACGCGCUUCCUCUAAUUUAUCAUCCUGAGCAGCAGCACAGCCUCCUCUCUUCCUCCACAGAGGCUUAUUCACAAGCUGACUGGCCCGGGCCGACGCCGACAAACAGACACGUCCUCCUAGGAAUCCAUCACGGGGCCGGAGAUUAGACAGCCCUUUUCUGCUCAUCAGACAGAGGACGUUGGGAUCCUCAGAUUAGUCACUGACUCUCACAUUGGGUAACUCUGGACAUGUCCGCAUGGAAACCAAGCGAGCACUCAUGCACUUAAGCAGAGGCAGAGAGGACGAAUUAUCAUCAGCUCUGGUUUGUGUUUUAUUUUAGAUGAGAGAGAACUUUAGUGUCACACUCAUGGCUGUUUCUCUAAGGCUUAGUCUCAACUGCUUAAACAUCUGUCCUGUUCUUGUGUCCUCCCCUUCAUGUGCAAUUAUUGGAAAAGACUUGACAGGAGAAAACAAUAUGGUGGAAGCUCAUCAGUUCUUUCAGAUCAGAGUGAUGAAAGAGUGAAGGCAAGGAAAGAACAGAUCCUCCUCCUCAGGCUUUAAAAGGGAUGGUUUCCAAUUCCCACCAAACAAGUCACUUCCCUUAGCUUUCAAAUGGCCAAAUACUACACUGGUUGUUUAAAAAACAUAAAAAGCCAUUGCUUAUUUUUAGAUGGGCAUAUUUCCUCCUCAUUAAGCCAUGGGCUGCUUAUUUAUGGAAUGUUGAGAUCUAAGCGCAGCAUUCACACGCUAGUAGGGCCCUAAUACGCAAGUCAUUAGGAUGUUUGCUCCAGGAAUUCCAUAACAGAUACUACAACUACAGCACACAGCAAAUAUUGUAAAGAUAAGAGUAGUGUUGUGGUUGCGAAUACUUGAAAAUGUCAUUUUUCAGCAACUUGGACUGUCAUACUGUUCGGUCUCCAUCCCCUUAUAUGGUGUUUAUUACCUAAUUUCUGUUUUCGUUAGGUGUGUAUAAUUUUUGUUGUUGUUGGGGGAAACUGUUUAGUCAUUUAGCACACUCUUUUAUCCAGAGAGCCUUACAGUAGUGAGUGCAUACAUUCCAUACUUUUUUCUCUCCAUACUGGUCCCCCGUAGGAAUCGAACCCACAACCCUGGCGUUGCAAGUGCCAUGCUCUACUAACUGAGCCACACGGGUCGAGUGGCUCUUAGGCUGCGUGCCACUGUUUUUAUUUUGCAUUUACAGUGGGGGAAAAAAGUAUUUAGUCAGCCACCAAUUGUGCAAGUUCUCCCACUUAAAAAGAUGAGAGGCCUGUAAUUUUCAUCAUAAGUACACGUCAACUAUUACAGACAAAUUGAGAUUUUUUUUCUCCAGAAAUUCACAUUGUAGGAUUUUUUAUGAAUUUAUUUGCAAAUUAUGGUGGAAAAUAAUUAUUUGGUCACCUACAAACAAGCAAGAUUUCUAGCUCUCACAGACCUGUAACUUCUUCUUUAAGAGGCUCCUCUGUCCUCCACUCGUUACCUGUAUUAAUGGCACCUGUUUGAACUUGUUAUCAGUAUAAAAGACACCUGUCCACAACCUCAAACAGUCACACUCCAAACUCCACUAUGGCCAAGACCAAAGAGCUGUCAAAGGACACCAGAAACAAAAUUGUAGACCUGCACCAGGCUGGGAAGACUGAAUCUGCAAUAGGUAAGCAGCUUGGUUUGAAGAAAUCAACUGUGGGAGCAAUUAUUAGGAAAUGGAAGACAUACAAGACCACUGAUAGUCUCCCUCGAUCUGGGGCUCCACGCAAGAUCUCACCCCAUGGGGUCAAAAUGAUCACAAGAACGGUGAGCAAAAAUCCCAGAACCACACGGGGGGACCUAGUGAAUGACCUGCAGAGAGCUGGGACCAAAUUAACAAAGCCUACCAUCAGUAACACACUAAGCCGCCAGGGACUCAAAUCCUGCAGUGCCAGACGUGUCCACCUGCUUAAGCCAGUACAUGUCCAGGCCCGUCUGAAGUUUGCUAGAGUGCAUUUGGAUGAUCCAGAAGAGGAUUGGGAGAAUGUCAUAUGGUCAGAUGAAACCAAAAUAUAACUUUUUGGUAAAAACUCAACUCGUCGUGUUUGGAGGACAAAUAAUGCUGAGUUGCAUCCAAAGAACACCAUACCUACUGUGAAGCAUGGGGGUGGAAACAUCAUGCUUUGGGGCUGUUUUUCUGCAAAGGGACCAGGACGACUGAUCCGUGUAAAGGAAAGAAUGAAUGGGGCCAUGUAUCGUGAGAUUUUGAGUGAAACCCUCCUUCCAUCAGCAAGGGCAUUGAAGAUGAAACGUGGCUUGGUCUUUCAGCAUGACAAUGAUCCCAAACACACCGCCCGGGCAACGAAGGAGUGGCUUCGUAAGAAGCAUUUCAAGGUCCUGGAGUGGCCUAGCCAGUCUCCAGAUCUCAACCCCUUAGAAAAUCUUUGGAGGGAGUUGAAAGUCCGUGUUGCCCAGCGACAGCCCCAAAACAUCACUGCUCUAGAGGAGAUCUGAAUGGAGGAAUGGGCCAAAAUACCAGCAACAGUGUGUGAAAACCUUGUGAAGACUUACAGAUGUUACAAAUGUUUGACCUGUGUCAUUGCCAACAAAGGGUAUAUAACAAAGUAUUGAGAAACUUUUGUUAUUGACCAAAUACUUAUUUUCCACCAUAAUUUGCAAAUAAAUUCAUUAAAAAUCCUACAAUGUGAAAGAAUUCUCAUUUUGUCUGUCAUAGUUGACGUGUACCUAUGAUGAAAAUUACAGGCCUCUCUCAUCUUUUUAAGUGGGAGAACUUGCACAAUUGGUGGCUGACUAAAUACUUUUUCCCCCAACUGUAUUUCUGAUCUCAGUAGCUCAUAACUCAAGUGUGGUGUAUCUAACAGCAUGCUCUAAGUGCCUUGAGUGUAUGCUGUGAGUAAAUUAUUAGUAAUUUGUUAAAUAUUUUGGGAGGAGGAUUUGCGUUCGAAAAAAGAGUAUGCUUUGAUCAGGUUGACUGGUAUUUCUGCAGACAUUCAAAACAUUACUAUUCAAAACAGAACCAAUUCUCAGUGCUCGCAUCAUCACAUUAGAUCAAUGAACUGUGUAAACAAAUGCAAAGUGUCGUUUAUUAUCUCCAUUGAUAUGAUAUUACAGUAUAAGGCUCAUGUAAUGUUCUCAGGGAAAGCUGUCUCCCAAGCCACUCUUUGACACUCGCUGAAAUCCCAGCCAAAGCAUUUUAGACUAAGAGCUUUUCUAUUUUUCCAGUGCUGUGGCGAAAGACAAAGACAAGAACAGCUUCAAGCUGCGUCCGGGAAUGGACAAGAAGAUCGUCAUCUACGUCCAGCAGACGUCUAAUAAGGAGCUGGCCAUCGAGAGGUAACGUGCACGCACGCCAACACACACACAUAGAGAGGCUGCGCAGACAUGACACAGUGGACUGUACACUACAUUUAUCUAACUGGGACACUUAGUCCCACCACCACGGAGACUUCUCAGUCAGGACGUCUCUCAGCUAUUCAUAACAAGCUGUAAUUCAGUUAUAAUUGAUAAACAACCACUGUUUAAUGUCCGUCUGUUUCCGAGCUUAAGUGUCCCAGUUCGGCCAUGAGAACGAGAUGGAUGUUUCUGUUCUGAGCCUGCUAAUUCUCUACGGUUAAUAAUGUUGUUUUGACUUGCCGUCACCUUCACUUGAACCUCAGUUCCAUUGCUUUUUGUUAUUUUACUGUUCCUAUACUGGGCCCGGAUUGGAGAGCUCUGUUAUCCUCUGUUAUUCCAUGCUCUGGGCAGUUUUAUCAAGGAUAUACCUAGCCUGAUACUUUGCGGGGACAUCUUGUCUGAUGCCUUCCACCUGGUUCCACUCUUAUGAGGUGUGUCUUGUGUGCCUGUGUGUGUCUGUGUGUGUCUGUGUACCUGUGUGUGUCUGUGUACCUGUGUGUGUCUGUGUACCUGUGUGUACUUGUGUGUGUCUGUGUACCUGUGUGUGCCUGUGUACCUGUGUCUGCCUGCUCGGUGUAUGUGUGUUCCAGGUGCUUCGGCCUCCUGCUGAGUCCAGGGAAGAACGUGAAGAACAGUGACAUGCACCUGCUUGACCUGGAGUCAAUGGGGAAGUCCUCUGAUGGGAAGUCCUACAUCAUCACAGGGAGCUGGAAUCCCAACACACCGCAGUUCCAGGCUGUUAACGAGGAGACACCCAAAGGUACAGCAGGCCAGACGGCCAACAUGCAAAGAUAUGUCCACAGGUUGUUAUUUAGUGCCAUGUUAACAUGGUAUUUUUCCCUGUCUGUGAAUAAUCAGGACUCUAAGGAUAAUGCCCUCAGAUAGUUCAUAGCCGACCGUGGCUGACUGACAAAUUAAUAUCUAUGAACACAGCAACUGUAUAAGGGUUAUAUCGAGGAUGUUUGUGUUCCAGAUAAGUUAUUGUACAGGUCCACAGCUUUAACGGUUAAAUUGAUGAGUGUUGUGUUAAUUUACAUGACCACAGCUGUAAGGGUUUCUGGUAAGGAUUUUAUUAAUGACAGUUAUGGGUCAUGUCCAACAGAUAAGUUCAUGUACAUGACGACGGCGGUAGACCUGGUGAUCACUGAGGUGGAGGAGCCUGUUCGUUUCCUUCUGGAGACCAGGGUCAGAGUCUGCUCUCCCAACGAGAGGCUCUUCUGGCCCUUCAGCAAACGCAACUACACCGAGACCUACUACCUGAAACUCAGACAGGUGAGACAGACAUUCUAUCUGAAAUUCAGACAGGUGAGAUCUUCUACCUGAAAUUCAGACAAGUGAGACCUUGUAGCUGAAACUCAGACAGGUGAGACUGACCUUCUACCUGAAACGCAGACAGGUGAGACUGACAUUCUACCUGAAACUCAGGCAGGUGAUCCCUUCUAGGUGAAAUGCAGACAGAUGAGACUUUCUACCUGAAAGUCAGACAGGUGAGACUGACAUUCUACCUGAAACUCAGGCAGGUGAGCCCUUCUAGGUGAAAUUCAGACAGGUGAGACCUUCUACCAGAAACUCAGACAGGUGAGACUGACUUUCUUCCUGAAACUCAGAUCGGUGAGACAGAAUUUCUAUCUGAAACUCAGACAGGUGAGACAGACACCAUGGAAGACAAAACACUCCAACAUUAUGGGCCGCCCGGUUUCCCUGAAAAUCUCAAUGGAGAAUCCACACUGAACAUACUUUUUAUUCUAGACUUAAUGUGUCAACCCAUCAUGAAUUGUGAGAGGGCUCUUUUUUCUUUUCUUUAACAAUGGAACUGCUAGUCAAUGUGGUCACCUAUUGCCUUGACCCUGUAUGGAACUCCAUUCCUUUCCUCCCUUCCCAGAUGUAGCGUAAGAGUAACAACGACACCAAUCCCAUGACAGGAAGUAUGUGCCUUUAUACCCUGCUUCCUCCAGAUGGAGCGUAAGAGUAACAACGAUACCCUGUAUGAGGUGCUGAGCCUGGAGAGUGAGUCAGAGAGGGAGAGGAAGAAAACGACAGCCAGCCCCAACAUCCUGCAGUCUUCCUCCCACGGCUCCAUGGUGCCAUCGCCUCCCGAGGAUGAUGAGGAGGAAGGUGACUGUCUGAGCAACCUUAAUGUUACAUUGUAUUUAACCUUAAUUUAACCAGGAAGUCCGACUGAGGUCAGAAGUGCUCUCUUCCCCUACAUUUACAUUUGAGUCAUUUAGUAGACAAUCUUAUUCACCAGAGUGACUUACUAAAGUAAGUAAAACAAACACAUAUCACGAUAAUUGCAAGUGUAUCCUUAAAAAAAGCUGCUAUCUGCUAAAUCUGUGCUAGUAAGAAUAAAGGAUAGUCCUUGUUGCCCUCCUGUCUCUGUAGCUCCAUUCCAAAUCAACCCCUAGCCUCUACCCCCGGCCUAUGUACUGUUCAUUUCCCCUACCCCCUAGGCACUUGUUGAGUUCCUGGAGGAUUAGACAGGUGUAUGUAGUAAGGCAGAAAUUCCACCUAUCCAAUCCUAUCAAAACCACACAACUGAACUUCCCCAAAAGAAUCUGAUUUACCAUUUUUUGUUACGAAACAUUUUGCUACAAUGUGCCCUACUGAACACAACCUGGUCGAUUUAGGAUUGGGUAGUAGUCCCUCCCUGUCUGUUUGUGCCUUAUUCCUCUCCCUGUAUGCUAUGUACUAUGCCAUUCUUGAUGCGUGACAGCUAGGUCUAUUUGUCUGUCUCAAUGUCAGUACCCCCCUGUAUUUGUCUCCUGUCUAGUCAGCCUGUUAUGUGCCCUAGUUUAGUCUCUCUCGGCAUUGCUGAUUGUGUGUUUACCAGUCUAGUAAGUCACUAUGCAUACAGUAUGUUUAUGUACUCUAGCCCAGGUCAACCAUGUUGAUAUGUCAACCCUUUAUGUCUCUGGGGUGCGUCCCAAAUGGCACCCUAUUCCCUAUAUAGUGCACUACUUUUGACCAGGACCCUGAUCAGAAGUAGUGCACUAUAUCGGGAAUAGGGGGCCAUUUGGGACGCACCCUCUGUCUCUGGUAUGUGUCUCUGGAGCAGAGCAAAUAUUUAUUUUGCAAGAUGGACAAUAAAGUUGUAUUAAAUUCUAUUCUGUCAGACAAUGACGAGCCGUUGCUGAGUGGCUCAGGAGACGUGUCAAAGGAGUGUGCUGAGAAGAUACUGGAGACCUGGGGAGACCUGCUGUCCAAAUGGUGAGUCAGUGAGGAGGUCUCAUCUCACUAAUCAUACUGUACAUUACUCUGCUCCCUCUCAACCUCACAUACCCACUUUACUGCAGAUUGAUCAGUUUGUAUCAGGAAUAUCAUACCUUGCCUUCGUGUAAAUCAUCCAACGUAUUUUGCACUUCUCAUCUUAAUUUAGCUCAACAUUCAGUGGUGUUAUAGGAAAUGAAUCAUAAACAAACAAAAGUAAAAGAGGAGGUGAUUUGAACUUUAUUUCACCUUACAAGACCUUACCACCAGCUGUACCAGUCUGGCACAUAAUAACCAAAAGCACCACCAGGCAGCAGGCUCUUUGCUCAAUAAAUGAUAUGUACUGAGAAAGUAGCUACCACUGAGCUGCCGUUUACUUAGUGUGCCUGACGAUGCCAGUGGGCCUUUAGAGCUGCGCUCCCUGCCUGGCUGGCCAGGAGAAGGAUUGAUGUGGUGGUGGGCUUUUGAUUUUCCUGUUGAUCAGUCAGCGUAUGCAUGGAGGGAGGCAUGUCAGGGAGAGCGAUGAGGGGACUUACUGCUGGCACAGUGAUAGUGGUCCUCCAGCUGAGUUACAACCCAAAUGACUGCCUUCUUUACCACGUACCUUUUAGGUCAGGAGUCUUUUAUAAUGUGCCAUGGUCUGAUUCUUCUUCAUAAUUCUUCUUUGAUUUAACAUUUUAGUGGGAGAUUCACAUUUAUCUAUGGUAAUCACAAUGAUAAGAAAAGCAAAUUAACACCUAGUGCUUGUAAAAUAUAGACUUAUCCUUCAUACAUACAGAGUUCUUAUAGCUUAUACUAAGGAUGGAGACACACUCACACACUGCUAAUUUGAGAACUCAUUCAUGGGUGCUGGGAAAUGAUGUUGAUAUUUUAAUCUCUGGAAGUGGCAAGGAAAAGAAAGAGGUGUUAUGUGUGUGUCGUCACAUCCAGAUAACCAGCUUAUUAAGAUUAUUACCCACUCCCAUUACUCUUUAUUGUUCUUAAUCAAAACCUUGUGAUGAAUUAAAUUAAAAAGUCCAGCAAUUUAAUUAGAGACGCUCAGUAGCUUCUGUCUUCUGCUGUGAAGUGAUGGUCACAUCUGUAGUUCCCCAUUCGCUCCGUUCCCUUCAACCCAGACUUCAGAGAGGGAGGGAGGGAGGGAGGGAGCACAUUUAGCUUUCUUCAAUGUCUGAUACAGCCGCUGGGUGCAUACAAGGUGCUUUUCUGCCUCACAAAUUUUUUAAUGCUUUGCUGUUAAAGGACAAUUCUGCCACUUUAUAACCAAUUAUUAUGCUGUUAGUAUAUAUGCAGUACUGUAAGAUUUUAUACACAUUUUGAUGUUUUAUAGUUUUUGUUAGUCAUACUGCACGAUUCCUUAUUUACAAUUUAUUUUAAAGCUGCUGUAUUGCCCUCGUCUAUAGCAUACUAUGAUUCCCAGAGUGCAUUUUGUCUCCCAUGAUGCAGUGCUCUGCCUAGUUAGCCUGCUGUUAGCUUAGCUAGCUGUCUAUCAAGCUCAGACUAAGCUUAGUCUAAAUAUAUUGCUUGUCAUAAGUUAUGAUUGGAUUUCACAUUACUUUUGGGUUGUAAAUAUAUUAUAAUGCUUGUGUGAAUGUCAUGCUGAAUAUAUAUGUCAUGCUGAACAAUAACAGCUGAGUUUCAUCUUAGCGACUGUUAGAAGAACACAACAUUUAUUAUGAAAUGUACAUGCAAAUCAUUACGGAAUCCUAGUCUCUCAGCCUGUAUCUUUGGCUAGCACAGCAAAUAACCAGAGCUAGCAUGAUGUGAAGGUAGAGAAAGAUCAGCUUACCUUGUUAGCCAGCUAGAUAUAUGAAUUUCUCUCAUGACAACCAACAAUAUAACUAAACUAAAAGUAGCUAGCAUACGAGUCCAGUGUUUGAUGGCCACAUUAUUUACAUCAAAACUUGGCUAGCUAUCAACCUCUCUCCCCCCUCACCAAUCUGUCUCUCCUAGCUCUUCGUCUGCUUCCUCCAAAACACAACUAUACUUUACCCAGGUGUAUUGACCACUUAGUUUCAAUUAAGAAACAUACUAGGAACACAAGCAUUUUGCUACACCCGCAAUACCAUCUGCUAAAUACAGUUGAAGUCAGAAGUUUACAUACACUUAGGUUGCCGUCAUUAAAAUUAUUUUUUCAACCACUCCACAAAUUUCUUGUUAACAAACUAUAGUUUUGGCAAGUCGGUUAGGACAUCUACUUUGUGCAUGACACAAGUAAUUUUACCAACAAUUGUUUACAGACAGAUUAUUUCACUUAUAAUUCACUAUAUUACAAUUCCAGUGGGUCAGAAGUUUACAUACACUAAGUUGACUGUGCCUUUAAACAGCUUGGAAAAUUCCAGAAAAUGAUGUCAUGGCUUUAGAAGCUUCUGAUAGGCUAAUAGACAUCAUUUGAGUCAAUUGGAGGUGUACCUGUGGAUGUAUUUCAAGGCCUACCUUCAAACUCAGUGCCUCUAUGCUUGAUAUCAUGGGAAAAUCAAAAGAAAUCAGCCAAGACCUCAGAAACAAAAUUGUAGACCUCCACAAGUCUGGUUCAUCCUUGGGAGCAAUAUCCAUACGCCUGAAGGUACCAUGUUCAUCUUUACAAACAAUAGUACGCAAGUAUAAACACCAUGGGACCACACAGCCGUCAUACCGCUCAGGAAGGAGACACGUUCUGUCACCUAGGGAUGAACGUACUUUGGUGUGAAAAGUGCAAAGCAAUCCCAGAACAACAGCAAAGGACCUUGUGAAGAUGAUGGAGGAAACAGGUACAAGUAUCGAUAUCCACAGUAAACCGAGUCCUAUAUCGACAUAACCUGAAAGGCUGCUCAGCACGGAAGAAGCCACUGCUUCAAAACCAUCAUAAAAAAGCUCAACGACUGUUUGCAACUGCACAUGGGGACAAAGAUCGUACUUUUUGGAGAAAUGUCCUCUGGUCUGAUGAAAGAAAAAUAGAACUGUUUGCCCAUAAUGACCAUCGUUAUGUUUGGAGGAAAAAGGGGGUGCUUGCAAGCCGAAGAACACCAUCUCAACCGUGAAGCACGGGGGUGGCAGCAUCAUGCUGUGAGGGUGCUUUGCUGCAGGAGGGACUGGUGCUCUUCACAAAAUAGAUGGCAUCAUGAGGAAGGAAAAUGAUGUGGAUAUAUUGAAGCAACAUCUCAAGACGUCAGUCAGGAUGGUCGCAAAUGGCUCUUCCAAAUGGACAAUGACCCCAAGCAUACUUCCAAAGUUGUGGCAAAAUGGCUUAAGGACAACAAAGUCAAGGUGUUGGAGUGGCCAUCACAAAGCCCUGACCUCAAUCCUAUAGAAAAUGUGUGGGCAGAACUGAAAAUGUGUGUGCGAGCAAGGAGGCCUACAAACCUGACUCAAUUACACCAGCUCUGUCAGGAGGAAUGGGCAAAAAUCCACCCAAUUUAUUGUGGGAAGCUCGUGGAAGGCUACCCGAAACGUUUGACCCAAGUUAAACAGUUUAAAGGCAAUGCUACCAAAUACUAAUUGAGUGUAAUGUAAACUUCUGACCCACUGGGAAUGUAAUGAAAUAAAUAAAAGCUGAAAUAAAUAAUUCUCUCUACUAUUAUUCUGACAUUUCACAUUCUUAAAAUAAAGUGGUGAUCCUAACUGACCUAAGACAGGGAAUUCUUACUAGGAUUAAGUGUCAGGAAUUGUGAAAAAAUAUAUUUGGCUAAGGUGUAUGUAAACAUCCGACUUCAACUGUAUAAUCCAUUGGUGAUAUACCCUUCAGUCGCUCCAGGACUUUCUUUGGACCUUCAUCCGCAGACAGGGUUUAGCAGCUUUCACAGGUCUCUGUAUCUGAGGUUAUGAAACAUAGAAAUUAGACCAGGACUUGCUUUCUUAUUCUCAAGUGAUAUAACAUUUGAUAUUUCAUUGCAAUUGUGUUUUUGUAUUGUCAUAAUUCUCUCUUUGGGACUGAACAUCUGUUCAGCUAGCUAGCUAACAUUGUUGUUUUAGCAGAUCACGCUAACGUUUGUGUCAUAACAUAAAACAAUGGAUGGCUGUAAUGAUCAUCCCACCUGAGAAAACAACUAGACUAAGUUAGCUAGCUAGCGGUUUACUGCCGCAACAGAACAGCUGUUGUUUACAAAUGCACCGGAAGUUCUUCUGGGUUCCAGGGUUCACUUCCGUUCCUCCUCAAAAAGCUGUUAAAAUGGUGCUAUUUGAAAAGGGCACAAUGGCUGCUGGAGCUGCAACUUCGGUCUGUGAUGGUGGGAGUGGUUUUGCUAAAUAGAAUCAUGGGAGUUUGAGCCUUGAACAACAGGGAACUAUUGGAGUAAGCUGACUAAGUAUCAUUCUAUAGGUUUUGGAGUGUCUAUUUAAAAUAUGUAUAGAUGUUAUUAGACAAAGACAACCAGAGCAACAUAUAGCAUGGAGUUCCAAUAUGAUCUGAAAACCACAGACGGGUUACGUAGAUCGCUGAAAAUGGCUGUCCAUAAUUUACUGUAUUAGUAAUCUCAGGGAUCCUUCUUGAAACCUUACAGAGAAGCAAUAUCCGGUUUUGCUCAUCACUAAACAGUUAUUAGACAUUAAAUCAUAAAAUUACACUAAAACUGUGUAGAACAUCACUAAAUACUUCGUAAUAACAACACAAAUGUUGUAAGUGGCUGAAUGUGUCCUUUAAAGUGUCUCUUCAGAAUGGCUCUGCUGACUGAAAUAAAACGACUAUGUUUAAGAAAUCUGCUUUCAUUCUAACUGGCAUAGAAUGGUAAAUAAAUGGCGUAAUGCAAAUGGCACUGUGGUGUGUUGUGCGACUCGAUGCAGGGCUCUGGGAGUCAGUGGGAGCCUUUUUGUAUGGCCAACCCCCUGAGGACCAGAAGCUGGUUUCACUUACAUCACACACAAAGUACGCGCUGUCUUGUUUCAACUGUUUUAUUUGAGCAGAAAAAAAUGCCACGUUGCAAUGCGUAACCAACUAAAACUAAACAACUGGAAUGUUUUUAGCCUUCUUAGGGGCGAGUUGUGUGGAACCUGAUCAUAUAUUGCCUGGCAUUGUGACUGUAAUCCCCGCCAGCUGCCGAGGCCUCUGGCUAGAGCCAGGGGUAGACUCUGUCUCUCAUUCCAGGUGAAGCUGGUUGAGAGAAUGCCAAGAGUGUGCAAAGCUGUCAUCAAGGCAAAGGGUGGCUACUUUGAAGAAUCUAAAAUCUAAAAUAUAUUUUGAUUUGUUUAACACUUUGUUGGUUACUUCAUGAUUCCAUAUGUGUAAUUUCAUAGUUUUGUUGUCUUCACUAUUAUUCUACAAUGUAGAAAAUAGUAAAAAUAAAGAAAAACCCCUGAAUGAGUAGGUGUGUCCAAACUUUUUACUGGUACUGUAUAUUAUGCUGACAUUUUGUGUUCACGUUUUUGUUUGUUUUGGACUUCGGUAAGGGUUUAUUCGGCUGUUCGGGCACACCAAAAAAAAUCUUGAGGCAAGCCGAAGUCGGUAGCUGAAGUCUACACCCCUUCGUCGGUGAUUGGUCAACAGUAGGGAUUCUUCAAGAAAGUCUUUGUUGUCAUUCAACGAGAGACGACUUGUUUUCAUGCAAAUUUUUUCAUUGAGAAAUACUGCACCAAACAUCUUAGUUAGAUGUAAAAUUGCGCAACUAAGAUCUCCUCUGCAAAAACGUCAAAAAUGAAUGAGUCUUAUGUUAAUUCUGACUAUUUUAAGGAAGCGUAUACUGGCUAUGGCGUCUCAAAAUGGACAAACAGUGCGCUUUUUUCUCGUUUUUCAAGCGAAGGUCUUUUAAGGGAGUGUGAGAGUACACUCGUUCGGUUUCGGCUAGGCGCCAGCAGAACUGAUGCAUUCAUCCCCACACCAGUGGGCCGCCAGGGUUUUAUGUUAAUGUACUCUAGUGUUAUUAUGUUUCACUAACACUAAAGACUUGUGUGACACUAAAGACUUGUGGCGAGCAGAAUCAACAACCUCUGCGCCGUUCAAGACUGUUGCUUUGUGAGAAGGACUCUUUACAAGUCUGCUCGCCACAAGUCAGUCACAGUUAGCCCUUGUUACAGUAAAUGCCAGCUGAAAAGUACUAAGGGCCUUGCCUUGGCUCCAAAUUAGAGCAGGUCCACAGGAGCAAUGUCCCAGUGAGGCACGGGUGCCGGCCCGCAUAGAGGGAAACAGAAAAGUCUGAGCCUUUUGCGUAAAGCACUGGGGUAUAUCUUUGUUGGAAAUGCGGCAUUAGUGGGGAAAAUGCUAAACUGACCCAAGAUUAGCGUCUAUGGGCAACUUCACCCUACAUUUGUUACAUAAUUCUGAUUGUUAUGAUAACCUGUCUCUCUCUCUCCCUCCCUCUGUCCCCAGGCACCUGAACCUGUCGGUGCGUCCCAAGCAGCUCCCGGCGUUGGUACGUAGUGGCGUACCAGAGGCCCUCAGGGGAGAGGUAUGGCAGCUCCUGGCCGGUUGCCAUAACAACGACCACCAGGUAGAGGAGUACCGCACCCUCAUCACCAAGGUAGGCCGGACCCCUGACCUAUGACCUCUGAGCUCUUACCUAACCUGACCCAGAGAUACUAUGUAUAUAAUGACGAGAUGGUCUUGUCUCCGUCCUAACAAUGGGAGUCGUUGUCCCAAAGGCGGAUCCCUGUAUUCCCGCAUGGACAUAUUUUGACGGGAGUGGACCCUCUUGCUUCCCCUCUGGCUGACCCCAUUCACAUUGUGA